AAAUUAAACGUAAAAAUUCGUAUUAUUUACGUAAAAUAAUUAAUAAAAAUUCUAAAAUUUGUUAUAAAUUUAUAUUUUUAAAUAAUAAUUUUUUUUAACAUAAGGUACAUUUUAUUCUCUAUCGUGAUAUAGACGCGACCGGUGAUCAAUGGAAAGCGUGGGAGCGGUCGAGCGAAUGCUGAUCGGAAGUUUCUGUUUUGAUUAAUGUAGGAAAGUCUUCAAUGGCAACCAACAUAAUAUGCACCUUAAAAAGAUAUUUUCCCCGAAUAUUUUCUGAACAACUAGCAUUUGUAUUCAUCAUUUUUGCAAUUGUUGCUAUAUAUUAUUUUGAAUUAAUUAUUGUUGUUCCCUAUGUUCACAAUGAUAUGCCUUACUUACGCUACAUUCACUAUGUAUGUGGAACAUUUGUAAUGAUAAAUGUUUUUGGAAACUUCAUUUUAAUAGUGAUAACUACCAGCACACUUAGUCCAGGUUACAUUCUCCCUUCUACAAUGAGGCCAAAAUGGAGAUUCUGUGCCAUCUGUGAAGCUAUUUUUCCACCAAGAUCAUUUCAUUGCAACAUUUGUCAGACUUGCAUUUUGAGAAGAGAUCAUCACUGCACUUUUGCCGGUUGCUGCAUUGGCUUUAAAAACUUGAGAUAUUUUUGGUUAUUCUUAUUUUAUCUGUCGAUCGGUACUUUUUAUGCUACUGUGUUAAACAUGUUUUACAUAUGGGAUAUGUUGGGGGGUAUUACCCUUCUUUCAGUCACUGCACACAUCUUGCCAUUCAUGUUUUGGAUAACAGGUUAUCUUGAUACCAAUGUUGUUUUUUCUACAUUUCUUUCUGUGACUUCGAUUGCCGGGUUUUUAUUUGUUACUAGUUUGUUGGUUUACCAUACCAUAUCGCUCUUGAAAAACCAAACCGCAUACGAGCGAAAUAACAGUAUUACUUGUUAUAACUUGGGAUGGAAACAAAAUAUUAUUGAAAGUCUUGGAAGAAGAUGGUAUUUAACAUGGAUAUUUCCAUUGGUAUCAUCACCACUUCCCAGUAACGGUAUUGAUUUUUUAACUAAAGAAAAUAUUCUUUUAAAUCAAGAAAAAACUAAAUAAUUAUUUAUUAAUAACAACAACACAACAUGCAAAAUAUUUUGUUAAAAUUUUUAAAUAUGUAUCUCAUAGAAAAUAUUUAAUUUUUUUUUUUAAUACAAGUCAUAAAAAAUAUUUUCUUAGAAUUUUUUAUACAUAUUUAUUUUAAAUAUUUGUGUGUCAAAAUAUUAUUUUAACAACUUCAGAAAGUAUACUUAUGCUCAUUAGCAUAUCAGUCCAUUUUAUGCAUUACAGCACUUAAAUAUGUUAUACUUAAAAAUACAAUUUCAGAUUUAACAAAUCAAAAUUAAUUGGUUAUCAUUAUUAAAGAGGUACAGUACUCAACAAUAUUGCUGCAGUACAUUUAAUAUUGGUAACAACAUUUGCUCCAAUACUUUGCCUUUAAUUGUUAACUAAAUUGUUGACAAUCGACAUUAUACAAUUUAACAGUUACAAGAUUUCCUGUAAGAAAAAUUCUGUUAAAAACUAAACAUAAUCGUUCAUGCAGUGGAAUAGAAUUCAAAUUUUCCAUACAGAAUAAAUUUCUUAGCAAAGUCAUAUCUAGUAGCAGUAAUUAAGAUGAUAACUUCAACAAAAUAUCAAAGUGUACUUAAUUAUAUAAAGGAAUUAUAUGCUGUUUUAGAAACAAGGUCUAGAUCUAGGCUAUGGUGUAGAUCUGCCUCUAUUCUGGUCAUAUACAGCUAUUGACUAGAACAACAAUAGUUAAUAAUGACCAACUACUUGCUCAACAGGGAGGAUUGAGUUUGAGUGGCACUUGAGAUAAUCUAAACCACAAGUUUUCAAACUUAUUUCAACCACCGCCCACUUUGAGAUUUAAAAAAAAAUCUAGUGCCCCCAUAUUUUUUAACUUACCAUUUUAUAUUACCAUCUGUUGCUUAUUGUAAAAACAUUUAUUUCAAAUAUAAUGUUUAAACAUGCAUUAUUAUAUAGAUAGGAUAGAUAGGGUAUGACCCAUAUCCUAUUUCUGAGAUCAAAGAAUGUUUCAAUGAGAAGAAAUAAAACUCAUAUUUAAUCACUGAGCCUUCUACUGCCCCCCUGAAAGCCUCUAGCACCCACAAGGGAGCAUUAUCAUCCACUUUGAGAAAUGAUGGUCUAAACUAUGGUUUUUACAGGAUGUCUGAAAAGUUACUGUACAGUGGAAAAGGUAUAAGUAAGAUUUUAGCAUAUUUAUAUAUAAAUAUUUCAAUAAUCUUUUUAGCUAUUGA